UGGUUUGUUUCUUUGACGCCGUUUCUGAGUCGCGGUAGUAACUAUCAGCGCGUAUAGAACCAGUUGGGAAUGGGAGGGUACGUUAAUAAACAACAAGAAUGUAACUGUCAGCGUCGAGAUGUAAGAUCUUACACAAAAAACUGAAACAGCAAAAGGCAAACCACAAUUGUAUGGCGCUCUGUAACGUCUUCCACGGAGUACCCGUUUGCUGCGUUACUGAAUUCUACAUAUUGCGGAUAUGAUUGAUGAGGCAAGACGCGUGAGCCGCUCUGGCGUCAAGCUGCCGGUGCCUAAUUCUGUGGCGCGGGCGAGCCUGGGCGACCAAGACCUGGAGGGUUCGACGUCGUCGCUGACGUCACCCGAUGCUACUGCCGCCGCCUCUGCAUCCAUCUCAGCGUCCAGGCUAGGGAACUGGCAGCUGCCGAGGCGUCUCCAGGUGGCCACCGAUACGAGGAUACUGCGUGAGAUCUUGAGCGGGAGCGCCCCGGAGAUGAAGAAGCCGAAAACUGACGACGCAGCGACCCUAGUGCAGCAGAUACGGCAGGAGGCAAAGGGACGAGAAGAGGAAAUAAACAGCAGAAUUUACGGUACCGGAAACAAAGAUGCCACGCCACAAGAAAGUGAUGCUGCCAAGGAGAGCAAAACCGCUCUUCCUCCGAGAACGUUCAGCUUCCAACAGGUGAUGGUUCAGCGACACACGACUUACGACGCGCUUGUCGCUUCCAUUCGGCAGACGGAAACAGAAGACCCGCUUCGGACCUUCGGCCCCAAACAAAGGUACUCCAGAAGAAACAGCAAGACCGGGCUGCCUGUUCAGUAUACGGAGAACUGAAAGCAUCUGCAAAGAAACAUUUGCUUUUCCUAUUUCGCCCUACAAACUGUGACUUUUGGAAUGGUGGAGAGUCAAUAAAAGCUGAGAGUUUUUCACACUUCGAAAAA